AUGGGCGAGCUUUUUGAGUUUUUGACGACGCAUGAACAGUUUCGCAGGGCUCGACUCCCAGCAUUGUACUCGGACUUCAGGGCGCUCCAAAGCUUAAAUCCUGAUGGCUUUGCUGCAAAUGUCGAGGCAUGGAAGAAAGGCCUAGCGUCUGCGUUGCGGGAAGGGUGUGUCCCUGCCACUGGAGACCUCUUGGUGCUGAGAGUUGAUGAAAGUCUCAUGCACGGUUUAGAAACAAGGGAAUGGGGCCGCCCUUUGGCGCUGGGAGCUGUGUUGCGCGAUGCCACAGGUAAGAAGGAGAUGAUGCCGUUGAAGAGCUUCAUGGGUGCUCAAGAGAGCAUAUAUCAACGGUCAUGGAGCAGCACGCCGUGGCAGGCCGUGUCGUGGGGCCUAAGGCAGUUUGGACUUAUGGACAGGUAUGGAGACAGCGAUAAAGUAUCUGUUGAGGAGCUGGUGGUUCUGUCAAAUGUGGAAGCUGCUACGAGAGAGGUUCAACGACGAAUGGGCAAUCAUACGUCACGGGUCGAUAUGAUCUAUUCAAAACAGAUGUUUUAUCGAGACUAUGGAGAUGUCCUUACAGACAAGCGUCACAUAUCACAUAGAGAUCUCGAGGUCUUAUUGACGUAUAUUUCACGAGACAAGGGAUUGGCCGAUUAUGAUGGACAGACGAUAAAAUUCAAGUCUCACUCUGACGCCCAACCUCCUAAGAUAACACAUGAAGAUUCGAGUAUCGCUUCUCUGAAGAAUCUUAUGUUCGACAUUGAGAAACAGUUGGGUACGUUGGCCGCAAGAAUUGAUAAUCUAUCUACUACUGCCCGAGACGCCGUGAGUCGCAAAAACCGAGUUUCUGCACUUGCCGCCCUUCGAUCCAAGAAACUUGCCGAGUCUCAGCUGGCUAAGCAAUCCUCAGUGCUCGGUCAACUCGAGGAGGUCUAUUCGAAGAUUGGUGAGGCAGCAGAUCAAGUUGAGCUUAUGCGCAUUAUGGAGGGCAGCACGGGCGUGCUGAAAGCUCUACAUAAGGAGAUUGGCGGCGUUGAAAGGGUUGAUGACGUUCUCGCUCAGCUGGGAGAGCAAAUGGCUCAAGUUGACGAAGUCGGUAAUAUAAUCACCGAGGCGAAUGGCGGAGUGGUGGAUGAGAGCGAGGUGGACGACGAACUAAAAGCCCUAGAACUUGAAGAUCGAGACAAGAAGGAGGCCGAACGACUCUCAAACGAAAUCAAGGAGGAGGAGGAAGCCGCAGAGACGAAGCGCCGACUUGGGGCGCUGGAAACAGAAGUGGGGCCCCGCGUGAGUCAGUCGAAGCAGACUACUGAGGGACAAGUCGAGGAGAGCAGUAAAUUGUUGGAGCAACUAUCGCUGUGA